AUGGCCAAUACUCCCCACGGCGGCGUCCUCAAGGACCUCUUCGCCCGCGAUCUCCCGCGCCAGACUGAGCUUCUCGCCGAGUCCGAGACUCUACCCGCUCUUGUCCUCACUGAGCGCCACCUUUGCGACCUCGAACUUAUUCUCAAUGGCGGUUUCUCUCCCCUCGAGGGCUUCAUGACCGAGCAGGACUACAACGGCGUCGUCAAGGACAACCGCCUUGCUAGCGGCCUGCUCUUCAGCAUGCCCAUCACCCUCGAUGUCGACCAAAAGCAGAUUGACCAGCUUGGCCUCAAGGCUGGUGCGCGCAUUACCCUGCGCGACUCUCGCGACGAUCGCAACCUCGCCAUUCUCACUAUCGAGGACAUCUACCGCCCUGACAAGGUCAACGAGGCCAAGAACGUCUUUGGCAGCGACGACGACACCCAUCCUGGGAUCAAGCACCUCUUCAGCACCGCCAAGGAAUUCUACGUCGGUGGCAAGCUCGAGGCCAUCAACCGUCUCGAGCACUACGACUUCCUCGAUCUGCGCUUCACUCCCGCCGAGCUCCGCUCCCACUUCAGCAAGCUCGGAUGGCAAAAGGUCGUUGCUUUCCAGACUCGUAACCCCAUGCACCGUGCUCACCGCGAGUUGACGGUCCGCGCCGCCCGCUCCCAGCAGGCCAACGUCCUCAUCCACCCCGUUGUCGGUAUGACCAAGCCCGGUGACAUUGAUCACUUCACGCGUGUUCGUGUCUACAAGGCCCUCAUUGCCAGAUACCCCAACGGCAUGGCUGCUCUCGCUCUUCUCCCCCUUGCCAUGCGCAUGGGUGGUCCUCGCGAGGCUCUCUGGCACGCCAUCAUUCGCAAAAACCAUGGCUCUACCCAUUUCAUCGUCGGUCGCGACCACGCCGGGCCUGGCAAGAACAAGAACGGCAAGGACCACUACGGUCCUUAUGAUGCCCAAACCCUGGUUCAGCAGUACCAGGAGGAGCUCGGCAUCAAGAUGGUCGAGUUCCAGGAGAUGAUUUACCUCCCCGACCGUGACGAGUACCAACCCGCCAACGAGAUUCCCGAAGGUACUCGCACCAUGAAUAUCUCGGGUACCGAGCUUCGCAACCGCCUCCGCACUGGCAAGGAGAUUCCCGAGUGGUUUUCCUACCCCGAGGUUGUUAAGGCCCUUCGCGAGCAGAACCCUCUUCCCCGUGAAAAGGGCUUCACAGUCUUCAUGACUGGAUUCCAGAAUUCUGGCAAGGACCAGAUUGCCCGCGCUCUCCAGACUACCCUCAACCAGGGGGGUGGCCGCCCCGUCUCCAUGCUUCUCGGCGAGACUGUUCGGUCCGAACUCUCUCCUGAGCUAGGCUUUAGCCGUGCUGACCGCGAUCUUAACAUUUCUCGCAUCGCCUACGUCGCCUCUGAGCUGACCAGAGCCGGCGCCGCCGUCAUUGCCGCCCCCAUUGCUCCGUUUGAGCAAGCCCGUAAGCAGGCCCGCGAACUCAUUGAGAAGUCUGGUCCCUUCUUCCUCAUCCAUGUCGCCACCCCUAUUGAGUACUGCGAGAAGUCUGAUCGCCGCGGUAUCUACAAGGCUGCUCGUGCUGGCCAGAUCAAGGGUUUCACUGGUGUGGAUGACCCCUACGAGGCCCCCACCCAGGCGGACCUUGUUGUUGAUGUCGAGAAGCAAAAUGUUCGCUCCAUUGUUCACGAGAUUAUUCUUUUGCUCGAGAGCAACGGUCUUCUCGACCGCUUCUAA